GUUUAUUUAUUCAAUAAUAAAUAAAAAAGAAAUUAAUUCAAUUUAAAGUAAACAUCUCUUAUUUUUUUUUUUGAAAAAGAAAAGGAAAAAGAAAAGAAAAGAAAAAUUGAUAAUUAAUUAGAACGCGCGUCUUUUAGUCCUUUUAAUAUGACAGAUAAAAAAGAAGAACCAGCGACUGUUAUUCGCUAUACAAAAGAAGUUAUGAUUAGUUUACAUGAUAGUCCACUUGUACAAAAGCCAGAAUCUAUGCCUUCCUUGUUAAGUUGGUUUGGUGAGGAUCCUGAUUCUUCAGUUUGUAAAAAUAUUUUAAAUGGUACAAUGACUCGAGCCCCUGCUGAUAAAAACAUUAUACUUGGUCCUACUAAAACUAACUUUGCUUCCUCAUUAUAUGGUGGGUUAAAGAAAAUUCCUGAAGAUAAUAUGUUAAAGUCGCAGCAAGCAUCUUCAUCAAGACAUGCUCAUCGACAGUUGGAAGACAGAUUACAUAAUAAUAUGGGCUUAAAAGAUUAUCGCACACCUCGUGGGCCUUCCUAUAUAGGAGAAAAGGGAUUUUCACAUAAUAGAGCUUCAGAUAAGUCUACUUUAUCAGAUAGAAAAUUUAUGAACAACAACAACAACAACAACAACAACAAUAAUAAUAAUAAUAAAAAUAAAUACAAUAAUGGAAGACAUAUGCAAACCCAUAAUAAUCAUAAUCGAUCCAAUAGACAUAACUAUCAUCAUCAUCAGCAACAACAACAGCAACAGCAACAACAACAGCAUGAUUCAGAUAAUAAUUCAGAAAAAAUACCAGAAUGGAUGGAUUAUUCACCACCUGAAGAUACGAUAACGACUACAGUCAAAGAAGAAGAAGAAAAAGAAGAAAAAGGGAAAGGAAGAGAAUUUAUCAAUGAUUUAGAAGCAUGGAAACUAAAUAUGAAGAAAAGAGAUGGAGUUACUACAACUGAAAAGAAGGAAACAGAAAAUAAAAUUGAAGAAACAUUAUCAAAUCUUAGUCUAUCAUCGUCAUCAGAUCCGCUUUCUUUCUUUGAUGAAGCAAAUCCACUUGAAACACGUCGUGAAGGUGGUUCUCGUUUUGCUAAAUUCUUUGCCAAACGUGAAGAACCCACAACAACAACAGCAGCAGCGGCAGCAGCACUUUUGCCUAGAUCUAUUAGUGUAAAUGACUUAUUUCAAACUUCUUCUUCUACUGCUACUACUACUACUCAUCAUACAAAUUCUCAACAAGAAAAUGUUCGUAUCUUUUCCGAAGAUGAUGUAUUAAAAUCAUUAGGAGCAAAUAAAAAACCCAAUGAAACUAUGACAGAAGAUAUGGCAAUGGGAUUUAAUCGUGUACUUCAAAUUCUAUCUCGACCAAAACCUUCCUUACCUCAAGAUGAUUCAGUGAUAUCAACAUCAUCGUCAUCAUCAUCAUCACCAGCACCAGCAGCAACAGCACCAGCACCAGCAGCAGCACCAGCAGCAGCACUAGCAGCAGCACCAGCAGUAGCAGCAGUAGCACCGCCACCACCAGCACCAGCACCAGCAACAACAACAACAACAACAACAACAACAACAGCACCGCCACCACCACCACCACCAUCAUCAUCGCUAUCUUCUAUAACAAAACCUCAACAAAAUAAACCUUCACCUUCUAUAGCAACAGCAACAAAUAAAUUUGGUAAUAGUUUACCUACUUCUGUAUUGCGUCAAAUGAGUGCAAAGACAACAUCAAAAACUACGCCUUCCUUACUUUCUCAUUAUUCGCCUGCAAUGAAGCAACCUCAGGUAGUACAGCAACAUCCUCCUCCUCCACCACCUCCCCAGAAUAAUAUGCCACCUCACUAUUUCUAUCAUCAUCCAAUGAUGGAUCAACGUGCGUUUGAACAACUUUUACAAUUUAAUCCACAUGGCAUGCCUCCUUUACCUCACAUGAUGAUGCCACCACCACCACCACCACCACCAGGUCAAAUACCUUUGAUGACGCCACCACCACCACCUCCUUUUUUACAGGGUCAACAAGCUAAUAGGUUUCCUUUACAACAACAACAACAACAACAACCAUCUAUGCUACCACAUAAUAUGAAUGGUCUUCCUCAACAACAACAACAACAACACAUGUUUAAUAAAAAUCAAGGCUGGGAACAACACUAAUUUAUUUUAAAUAGGAGUAAAAGCCACUGUACAAAUUUUAGAUCCUGUAUGUCCACCAAAUUGGAAAACAGGAUAUUUGACAUUUGAGUGAUAACGGAAAUCUAUACAAAUAAAUAAAAAAAAAAAAUAAAAUAAAAUAAAAU